AUGGUCAUGGUUAUGAAUGGUUUGAUACCGGCCCCAAAAGGUCGCGUUCGAACGAAAGUCGGGCAUAAAUACCUCGAAGCUUUACAAUCAAAACUAGAUGGGGGUUAUCAAAGUUCAAGCUCAUCAUCCUCAGAUGAUGGUGGGAAAAGUUCUCCAGGUUUGAAUCUAUUGAUUCUUGGUAUUACUUCUGGUACUGCUAUGGAUGAUAUUGAUUUCGCACUCUGUCGUUAUACUCAAGAAUCUCCAGAGGCAUCAUUACACUUGGAUCUUAUUCAGUAUGAUUCGGUCGUUAUGCCUUCAAAGAUUCGAUCCGAGAUCCUUUCGAUGUUACAAGAAGACGCAGCUCCACCAAGUAUGCUUUCCCAGAUGGACGCAGAAAUGGGUCAUACUUUCGCGAACGCUAUUCACAUAUUUUCACAUAAGCAUGGCAUUUCCGUUGACGAUAUCGAUUUGAUCGGAUCUGGAGGGCAGCUCGUAAGCUUAACUGGUGCUCCACCUCGAGGACAACACCGAUCGAAUAUGUGUUUGGGGGAAGGAGCUGUGAUAUCUGCGAAAACAGGUGUAACAACUGUUUCCGAUUAUCGAACGGCAGAACAAGCAGUUGGCCGACAAGGUGCUCCUUUAUUUGCAUAUUUGGUCGGGUUAUUACUUCACCAUCCUACCAGAUUGCAAAUUUGUAUCACAAUUGGAGGCAUUACAACUGUAUGCUUUAUCCCGUCGGAUAAAAAGGGGGGGAUAGAUGCAAUGUACGAUUGGGAUACAGGUCCAGGCACAUGCAUGAUUGAUGCAGCCUAUCGUCACUUUGGCCUCGAUCCCCAAACGGACCAAUCCUCUUUCCUACACGGUACAAUCUGCCAUGAAGUAGUUGAGCAACUCCUUACCAACGAUGAUUAUCUAAGUGCACGACCACCAAAAACCACAGCAAGAGAAAUAUAUGGUGAUGCUAUGGCAUAUAAGAUUAUAGGAAUGUGCGCAUAUCAGGGUUGCUCUCCCGCAGAUACCAUCUCUACUCUCACUCGCUUCACCUCCGCCAGCAUAGCCCAACAACUCCUUCUGUACGGACCCGGUCGUGACGCCAUCAAUGCAGCCGAUAUAACAGUCGACGGCCGCGGCAUGUCCCACACAUCCCUCAUCUCAGACCUACAAACCGAAUUUCCAGGGGCUCAUUUUGGCAGUUUCGACAAAACAGGUAUCCCAUCAAAUGCCAAAAAAGCCGUAGGAUUUGCGAUGCAAGCUAUGGAAGCAUUGUUAGGAAGAGCAUUACCCGUCCCAACAAAUGCGGAUGUGAGGAGGCCCAAUACUAUAACGGGAAAACUGGCGCCGGGACUUAGGUGGAGGGAAGUGAUGGAGAAGAGUGUAAGAUUCGGAGGGAGUGGAAGGGGUUGGGAGGGGCUACCUGAGGUGCGGGAGUUGGUUGUUAGGCAGAGGGAUAUGGGGGAUGUUUUGGGAUUGGGUAUUGGGGGCGAAGAAGGGGAAGGAGAUGUAACAGGUGAGUAG